AUGGAGUAUUUAGGGCCAAGUUUGGAAGAUCUGCAUGUCUAUUGUGACUGUAAAUUUUCACUGAAAACUGUAGCGAUGCUAGCUGAUCAAAUGUUAAAAAGGGUAGAAAUAUUACACCGAAAUUAUCUUAUUCACCGUGAUAUUAAACCAGAUAACUUUGUCAUGGGUGUUGGACCCGCAUUUAAUACUGUUUAUAUAAUUGAUUUAGGAUUAUCCAAAUACUAUAUGGAUCCUAAAUCGAAAGAACACUGCGCAUUCCGAGAUUUCCGAAAUUUAACGGGAACUGCACGAUAUUGCAGUAUAAAUGCUCAUGCUGGUUACGAACAGUCUAGAAGAGAUGAUUUAGAAUCGCUAGGUUAUGUAUUUCUGUAUUUCAUUAAGGGAAAUCUUCCAUGGCAAGGACUUCAAGCGGAUAGUAAGCGUGAAAAGUUCCGUAAAAUUUACAAAACAAAAUUAAGUGUGCGUACCGAGACACUAUGUCAAGGCUUACCAGAGGAAUUCGCUAAAUAUCUGAAUUAUUGCCGUAACCUUGCUUUUGAAGAAGAACCAAAAUAUAAGUAUCUUCGUGGUCUUUUUUGGCGUAUAAUGGAGAAAUGUUCACUCAAGUAUGACUUUCAGUUCGAUUGGAUACCGCAAAACUCAAAGCUAAAUCGUUAA